AUGAGUCGCUAUCUUACCCCUUCCAAGAUCGCCCUUCUUUGUCUCAUCUCCAUCUAUACUGAAGGAGUCGUUCCCAACUCCUCCGCCAUUCAUGUCCUCUCGUACCUGGUAGCCUGUCUCAGCCCCUUGGAAAGAGAACAAUCCAUUUCCCAAGCGGGAGAUCAGGGAACGCAAUGCUCCGUCUCCAUCACUGACCUGGAGGUUAAUCUAACGGGCCACCCGUCCUCCGUCCCUGGCCGUACAAUCUGGGAUCUUUUUCUGAAAAAGAUCUGGUCCCUUGAUUGCUGCGAUGCGUUGGAAGUCUUCUUCGCUGACAUCUCGGCUAUUCUAGCCAAAACUCGCGAAGAGCAAAUUCGCGAUCGAGAUGCGGGCCUUGCACCGGAGACGGGCUGCAUGCGCCUGUCACGCUGUUCUCCCUUGGGUGCGUUUGUCAGACGUUCUCAGCUAGAGUUCACCAGACUGCAAUUCCAUGACUCCGUCAAGCUCUGGAGGGGGUUUGUCAAGUAUCGACUGCCAACGUACCAUGUAUGGGCGCGGAAGAAUCCGUCUCUCGAACAGGCACCCGUGGAUGUCAACCUGCUGAAUCUUGGCCUGAAUACAACGGACUCCCUUGCGCAGGUCGCCUACGGCAGCAUCGAGGAUGACUCGGAGGAUGAACAGUACGUCAGCACAAAGGAUGUCGAACGGCUCCUAGAAUUUCAAAUAAGCGAGCUACAGAGUCUGGGGGGAAGAGUGCCGGAUGACAUGAAAGCCCAAUUAGAACGUAUCAUCACUUCGGGUGUGACUGUUCCUAGUCUAAUGCACUAUCUGAGGUUCCUGGAUGCCUGGAGGGCAGGAGAUUAUCCAUCCUCCUUUGACAACCUGCACCGUUACUUCGACUGCACGAUGCACAGUCGCGAUCGAAGCUCCUAUCAGUAUGCGUUGCUGAAUCUAGCUAUCCUGCAGGCAGAUUUUGGAUGCUACAGCGAGGCCGUCUCUGCCAUGCAGGAGGCUGUUUCCAUUGCUCGAGAAUCUCACGAUAUGAACUGCUUGAAUUUCUGUAUGAGUUGGCUGUAUCACUUCGGUAAGGCUUUUCCAGAGCACAUGAGAGACGUUCAAAACACAGGAAUGUUGGGCAACGAAAAGGAAGGCCUAGCAUUCCUCAAGGCCAAGGCAAAAGAGACAGAGAUGUGGAGUCUUCUGAGUACAACGCUAUUGAGCGAAGCGAAGCUGGAGAUGCGGAGAAAGUCUGGCCUCGUCUAUCGAGAACAUAAUUCGAGCCUCACACCUCAACGUUACAAAGAACCUGGCCAACUCGGUAUCACACAUCUAGCAUGGCUGAGCAGCGAGACCUUUCGCGAAUGCUACGCAAACAAAGCACCAUUCGAAGACCAUCUCAAGAGCACGUUCCGUAGCUGUCAAUUACUAGCACAGCAGGGCCGCUACACAGAGGUAUCAGCCCGAAUGAACCAAAUCUCCCCAGAAAAGCUUCGAUCUCUUAAAACAUAUCAAUAUUGGACGUUCUUCUCCGGUAUCCUCCAGCUGCAACGGCAAAUAUAUCGCGACAACCGAGUUGCAGCCGAACAACUCCUCGCUCAACUGCAAGCCAUCCAACUCCCUGACAACGACAUUACCCUUCUUCUUUCCAUUCUCACGAUCGACCUCCGUAUUCGCCAAGGCCACUAUGGCGGCGCGCUCGAACUAGUUGAGAAAGCCGCGCAGGCUAUCCAGCAAGACAACUUUGACAUUUUCACGCAAGUCAAGCUCCUCUGUCUCAAGGCUUACAUCCUCCAGAAGACGGGCCAUCCACAACGCGGCUUCUCUCUUGCCAUGAGAGCUGCCAGCAUCGCGCACCGCUCGCGUCUCCUUCCCAGCCUCUGGGAAUCCAUAUGUGUGCUGGCAGGCGUCCUUCUCAGCAUGCGCGAGUUCGAUGCCGUGUCUGAGCUGAUUGAGAGCAUCAUGCCGCAGAUACUCGAAACGGGUGACUGUAGCUUAGCCGCACAGGCCUACUCGCUUCUUGUGGACGCGAAUAUGGGGAUCGCGGGCACUCUCUGGAGUGAGGGACAGACGAACUCGGUUCUGAAGAAGGAGCAUGUCACUCGCGCUUUGGGAUAUCUCGACUGUGCAUAUGAGCAGUAUGAGGAGAUCGAAGAUAUCAGGGGGCAAUGUGAAAUCGUGGCCAAGAAAGCCACUGUUAUGCAUUUAACGGGCGAUCCGGUCCUCGCAAAUGAUUAUGCGGCGAAGUACUUGGACUUUAAGAGACAAGCAAGGAUAGAUUUGGGGGAGGCUUGA